AUGCAGGAUAAAGAAGUGAGAAACUCACCGCCAGGUUCCGGGCCGUUUUCAUCCGAAAUCGUAUAUGAUGGUGGCUGUGCUUGGCAAGACGCCACACCAUCUUCUCCUAUCCACAUCAACAAAUUGUCGCCUUCGGCGCAAGAGGCCUGGCACCAUACUGGAAAAUCCUGGGAAUUCGAGAACGGAAGCUCACUCCGCGUUAUCCUUCGAAAAGAGGAUUGGCUCAAAGUCGGCCAAUUUUUGAACGUACCAGAGAAUCUGACUUUCGAAUCAGCUAUGAAGAUCCGCGCAGCUGUGGUUUUAGCCCCCAAGAGAGUGGGCGCGGGCAUCUACAACAUCUGGGACUCACGAACCCUUGCCCGAGAUAGAGACAAAUAUUCUAGAAGAUACAUGAAUAUUCAGAAAUCCCACCAGGCAGCAACUGCUGCGAACGUUAUCAUGAAGGAGAGGAACACAAUUGCGGAGUCAUGGCCCUUACAACUAUAGCUUCAUCCAGGAUAGGACGGUGCCCGGGAAUAAUUUGACCUCCUUCUAGCGUCGAUCCUAUCUGGCGUUGGGCGGUAUGUGGAAUGGACGAGAAUGUAAAGGUGUGGAACAUUCUGAGCCUUGGAUAAACUCUUCGUUUUCACGUACAAGUGACACUGGCUAGGAGCUUCUAAACAGAAGCCGAAGUCACGACUAGAUUUCGAUCUCUAAAUUUCUUGUAACCAUAGUUAUUGGCGGGCUUACUAUCCUGGAAGGAAUUACCUAUGCGACGAAACCUUUGCGUCUGCGGCUCGUUGCUCUUCCUC